AGGAAGAAGACGCAGAUAACCGCGAUGAGGACCAGGCAUGGGCACCGAUUUUUGAAGCUUGUUUUAUUUCUCUCAGUCAUUUAAUGUGUUGUACUAUUUCUUUAAAUUACAUCCAGAUAUCAGUUGGGAUCUUUUGAAUUUCUCUAUGCAAGUAUACCGGUGUGGCUUCAGACCUCCGCCCUUUUUUGUGACAAGGGGGUUUUCUAAAUUUCAUACCUCCGUUUGUUCGUGUUGGAAGUGGGUCGAGAUGUUCUGUCGGGCAGCACGAAAAAGUCCGUUGGACGUACGCGGAUGAACUAGGAUGACACCGGAUACUUUUUGUUGCAGACACUGAUAUUUGCUCUGCAUCACUUUUGGCUUUAACAAAAAUAAAAUGCAUCAUAACCAGGAGGAGCAGUCGGUAAAUUCAAUCACUGCGCAGCACGGGACAGGGCACCACAGUGACACCAACAGCCUGGAGAGCAGCUUGGGCAGCGGCCCCACUGACGUCCAGCCGCCUGCUUACUCCAAACUGGAGUUCAGGAAGAAUGCAGUGACAGAUGAUUAUAAAAUCACAGCUCAGGUUCUUGGCCUGGGCAUCAAUGGCAAAGUGCUGGAAUGUUAUUGCAAGAAAACGGGAGAGAAAUGUGCCCUUAAGAUCCUGUAUGAUACUCCCAAAGCCAGACGGGAGGUUGAGCUGCACUGGCGAGUUUCCGGAGGUCCCCACAUCGUCCGAAUACUCAGCCUGUAUGAGAACAUGCACCAGGGGAAGAAAUGUCUCCUCAUCAUAAUGGAGUGUAUGGAGGGAGGAGAGCUGUUCAGUCGCAUUCAGGCCAGAGGGGACCAGGCUUUUACAGAGAGAGAGGCGUCAGAGAUCAUGCAUGACAUCGGCACGGCCAUAGAGUAUCUCCACCACAUGGACAUCGCUCAUAGGGAUGUGAAGCCUGAAAACCUGCUCUAUACCACCAAGGAGAGUAACGCCACACUGACGCUGACUGACUUUGGCUUUGCUAAGGAGACGACACUGCAAAACUCCCUCCAAACUCCCUGUUACACUCCAUAUUAUGUUGCCCCAGAAGUGCUUGGGCCAGAGAAAUAUGACAAAUCAUGUGACAUGUGGUCUCUGGGCGUAAUCAUGUACAUUCUUCUGUGUGGGUUUCCUCCGUUCUACUCAAACACAGGUCAGGCCAUCUCUCCAGGCAUGAAGCAGAGGAUCAGGUUGGGCCAAUAUGAGUUCCCCAACCCUGAGUGGGCUGAGGUUUCGGAGGAAGCAAAACAGCUCAUCAUUCAGUUACUGAAGACGGACCCCAAUGAGAGGAUGACCAUCGGCCAGUUUGUCAACCAUCCCUGGAUUAGUCAAUCAAUGGUGGUCCCUCCGACCCCCCUCCACACCUCACGUGUUUUGACAGAGGACAAGGAGCUGUGGGACGAUGUGAAGGAGGAAAUGACCAGCGCCCUGGCCACAAUGCGUGUCGACUACGACCAGGUUAAGAUCAAAGACCUGGACACGUCCAACAACCCUCUGCUCAAUAAGAGACGGAAGAGGCCCGUCCCUGGAGGAGCUGACAGAGGAGGAGACGAUGGUGGAGGAGAUGAGGUGUAUAAUAGCCACUGAGAAGUUACAUUUUCUGAAGAGCAUGGGGAAAUGAUUAUUGGACAAAAGUAGAAUAAAACCAUGAGAACCAGGGUGAGCAGUUUUCCCACCAACAUAUCACUGAUUGUAUUUUACUCACCCUUUCUCCUUUGUAUCACUGCACUCAAUAGUCUAAUUAAUGUCAUUUAUUUUCUUUGUUACCACUCUUAACAUUGAAAAUAAAAUUGUUUUUUAUGUUUCAACAUAAGGAAAGUGUAUUUGACGCAGUUUGUUUGACACAAAGAAAACCUCUUUGGAGACUGUUAUUAAUGCUGUCUGGUGAAAAUACGAGAGUGAGUUGAGUGCAGAUAUUUUUCAUGAGAGUGAAAAGUUGGUUCUUCUUGCUGUAAACAAAGAAAGACUGUAUGUGGAAGUCAUAAAAUAUAUUUAUUAGGCAAGAUUACAUCCAACUAAAUAGUCCUCUAGUGGAAUAGUUUUGGUGGGGAUUACCAGACAUUUCUGCACACUUGAAGUUUCUUCCUGUGAGAGCGUCUGCUAAACCAUUAAUACUCCCUCAUUGAGUUUUUAGCUGCAAGAUCAAUGUUCACUUUUUCGGUAGACUGUUGAGUAAACUGAGGAAAAUAGAAGCGCAAUAGCUUCAGAGACCCAACUGUUCAUUUUUCAUGUGCACAGCAGAUGCAACCAGUAGAAGAAGUACUCCAAUGUCAAAACAAUCCAUUACAAGUAACAGUCUAGCAGUUAAAGUCUUACUUAAGUAAAACUACAUACUAUAAACAAAAUAUAAUUCAUCUAUCAAAAGAAAAAGUGUUCAUUGAGUAGAAGAAUGACUCCUGUCAGUGUUGUAUUAUUGUAUAUCAUUCACAAUAUAUUAUAAAUAAUCAUCAUUUUAAUGUUGGAUGGUUGGGGUGGAGCUAAUAAUAACUACUUUAUAUGCUGUUGGGAAGUUUCUUCUAUAACACUGUAUGCUAUUUUAUAAACUCUAUAUUUCCUUCUGAAAUAUAGCAAAGUAGAAGUAUAAGGUAACAUAAAAUGCAAAUACUCAAUUCAAGUACAAGUACCUCAAAACUGAACUUAAGUAUAGUACUUGAGUAAAUACUUGGUUAUUUUUCACAGUUGGUUGUAGAUUAUGUUGAUCAUGUUGCUUAUGUUGCUUAUGUUUCAGAGUUUCAUCCUUUCAUACAGAACAGCGACGGGUGAAGGCUGUGUGAUCAAAACUUACAUUAGUCAUACAUCUUGAAUACAUAUUAUCAACAGAUGUCUCUUGACAUUGACUGCAUAGAGUUGUUCAGUUAGGGAAGGAAAGCCACAGUGCGUACACAACGUACGGCAAGUCAAAUACAUUUGCAUGACGACAAGCUGCGAUGGAAAUAUUACCAUUCAAAUCAGUUACAGUCAGGACUAAAUGUACUGGGUUCAGAAAUAAAUGAGAAGACACGGUAGUGACAGUAGUGGUGAGUAGAAGGUGAAAACAAGGGAAUUGUGAUGGCGUCAAGUCGGCUUCCUAGAUGCAAUGUAAUGAGUGAUCUCCUGACUGUCCGUGAGAAAAGUCUCCUCUUCACUCUGCUCGAACCUCAGUGUAAGGUCAGUUCAUUACUGUCACUUUAAAUUAAUAUGCUUGAAAUACAACAUAAAAAUGAGUAACUUAGGGUUUUUCUGUAUUUGUAAAAAAUUGAAUUAGCAUUUGAGACUGUUCUAUACUUGUCAUUGCCAUAAAUUACCAUUUUAAGUAUUUAUGAAACUUAAUUUUGCUCACAGAAAGAGAUUGUGGGCUGUGAAUGUAAAAUAUUUGAAAAGUAACAUUUCAUUGACUAAGUAUAUGUGGAUGUUACUGUAUCACCUCCGUGUUUUCACGAACAUUUAUCAGAGGAAGCUUGUUGGAUGAAUGGGCUUUCUAUGAGGGCUGUUUUGUUUACAGUUAGUAUCUGCUGCUUGUGUAGCCUGGCGCUACCAUGUUGUGUUACCAGAGCAGGUGCUGCAAGAUGUAGAAAUGUACACCUUUUAAAGCACUUGAAUAGAGAAACAAGUAAAUACUGAAAAAAAGAAAGAGAAAAAAUAGGGGGGUUUGGUUACAGUUAGGUCAGACACUACUACAAUAAGAUGGUCAUUUUGGAAUGUAAAAAGCAAUGUCAAUUUGUUCAACCAUACUUAUAUACAGUCUGUGCAUAUGACUUGAUUUCAUAGGAUUUAGGUCAUGUGAUUUAUUUUCUAAAUGAUCAGGAAACUUCAGGGUAGCUGCCAUCUUUAAAAAA